AUGGCGAAGACAGCACCAGCUACUCUCGAAACCGAAGAGUUUCACCUGGAAGAAUUAGACAAUAAUAUUUUCAUGCUACGAGAAAACUACUAUACUUCUUGGAAUCAGCCCAAUAUCUGGGUAUUGAAGGGAGCAGAGAGGGAUUUGAUUAUAGACACCGGGAUAGGACUCUGGGAUCUACCGGGAUUUCUUAAGAAAAAUAAUAUCAUUGGAGAAAAGCCUUAUGAAGCUGUUGCUACCCAUAUCCACUUUGAUCACACAGGAGGGGCGCAUCAGUUUGAGAAAUUUUCAAUUCAUAGACUAGAAGGCGACGCUAUAGAGAAAGGAAAUCAAUACGUGUGUUGUUCUCUAAUGACAGCGAAGGAAAUAGCGAGACCGCCAACACAAGAUUGGAGAGCGCAAAAUUACAAAGUCCUGGCUGCCAAACCUAGCAGACUCCUCGAAGAUGGCGACUUGUUUGACUUAGGGGAUCGUCAACUCAGAGUUAUUCAUCUUCCGGGGCAUACUGUAGGUAGCAUCGCACUAUAUGAGGAGAAUACAAAGUCUCUUUUUAGCGGGGAUGUCGCAUAUAUUGGCCCUCUUCUAGACGUGCUACCGACGAGCAAUGUCACGCAUUACAUCCAGACGGCACAAAAAUUAAGAGAGCUUGCUCCCAAUGUAGAUAAAGUCUACCCGGGUCACGGAGUCGUCUUCGAUGGUUCUACACUGGACGGACUGAUGGCGGAAUACAUUGCCAGUAAGCAGGCGUGCUGUGCUGGGGUCCAGGUCACUUGUGGUACACCAGUGGUCUCGUGUCUCUUGAAGGGAAGGAAUUCCAGUAAUUUGGCUGCCGCUUGUUGCUGGAAAGGGUGUUGCUGUUAUUAUUGUAUGCAGUGUAAAAUCAGCACCACUCCACAUUAG